AUGCCUAACUUUGGCUUUAUCAAAAUUUUAUCAAAAGUUGUUCGAGUUCCAGCCUACGUGGGUGGAACCAUGGCCGCCGGGGGUUCUUACGUUGCUUAUAAAGUCGAACAGGCGUCUAGCUACACCAACGAUCGAUUAUCGGCAUUCAAGGAUUUCACCAAUUCAAUGUUUGAUAAAACCAGUGAUUUUUUGAAAUCAAGUAAUUCAUCGGACCCAUCUAGCUCAGGCCAAAGCGAUGGUGGGAGUGGUAGUAGUGGUGGGAGUGGUGGUGAUACCAGUGCCACCGCGGUUGCCACCGCGGCAGCAGUGGGGCUUUCGUCGGAUGACGAAGAAACCCUAAUUGAUGAUGAUGAUGAUGAUGACGACAAUGAAGAAGAUUCAACUAAUGACGAUAUACUAAACUUGACUAAACAAAUGAUUGAAAUCCGGAACUUGCUAAUGACAGUCGACUCCAGAAGCGAUUCUCUCAAGUUGCCUUCUAUUGUGGUGAUUGGCUCUCAAUCAAGUGGGAAAUCCUCAGUUCUUGAAUCCAUUGUAGGCCAGGAAUUCUUACCUAAAGGUAGUAAUAUGGUGACCAGAAGACCAAUUGAGUUAACUUUGAUCAACUCUCCCAAUUCUGCUCUGGAAACUGCUGAAUUUCCCGCCUUGAAAAUAUUUAAUAUCACCGAUUUCAAUCAAGUCCAAAAAACUUUAUACGAUUUGAAUAUGGCAGUGCCCAUAAAUGAAUGCAUUUCUUCCGACCCAAUCCAAAUCACCAUCAAAUCUCCUAAAGUCCCCGACUUAUCCUUGGUGGAUUUACCCGGUUAUAUUCAAAUUGAAGCCGCUGAUCAACCAAUUGAAUUAAAACAGAAAAUCAGAUCGGUUUGUGAUAAAUACUUGGAAAAUCCAAAUAUCAUCUUGGCCAUCUCGGCGGCAGACGUUGACUUGGCUAAUUCUUCUGCUUUGAAAGCGGCUAGAGUAGCGGACCCUAAAGGUGAAAGAACCAUUGGGGUCAUUACUAAAGUCGACUUGGUGGAUCCUUCAAUUGCUUAUAAAAUCUUGACCAAUAAAAAAUAUCCUCUUAGAAUGGGUUACGUGGGUGUUAUCACUAAAGCUCCUCCUCAACAAGUAAGUGGAACAAACUUAUUCACUAGAAAUAAAAUUAACAGUUAUCAAUCUUACGUUGCUCAACAAAAUUAUGAAUAUCAAUUUUUCAAAAAAAAUAAAGAAGAAUUUAUUGGGACCGUUACCAGUACUAAACAUUUGAAAAAAAAAUUAAUGAAAGUUUUGGAAAAAUCAAUGGCAAAUGCUUUAAGACCAACCCAUUUAGCUAUUCAACAAGAAUUAGAAGAAACUAGUUAUCAAUUCAAGGUGGAAUUUAAUGAUCGUCCUUUAACCCCUCAAAUGUAUUUAGCAAACAAUAUUGAUAUCUUAAAAUUAACAACUAAAGAAUUAAGUAAUCAUUUUUCAAGAAGAGAAUUGAAAUCUUUACUUAAAAAUGAAUUAGAUCAAAAAGUUUUAAAUUUAUUAGCCGAAAGAUACUGGAAUAAACCGGGUAAUUUAAAAAAUGAUAUUGAACCUAAUUUAAAAGAAUUAUCCCAAUUAGCAAAUAUUGAUGAUGACAUUUAUUGGCAUAAAAAAUUAGAUUUAACUACUAGUCUGUUAACUAAAUUGGGUGUUGGUAGAUUAUCAACAAGUUUAAUAACAAAUUCUUUAAUCACUGAAAUCGAAAAUUUGGUUGACUUUACUCAAUUGAAAAAUCAUCCAAUGGCUCGUAAUGCAGUUAGUGAAGCUGCUAAAUCAGUUUUAAGUGCUAAAUAUUACUCUACUGCUGAUCAAGUUGAAAAUUGUAUCAAACCUUAUAAAUAUGAAAUCGAAAUUGAAGAUCGUGAAUGGUUAUCAAGUAAAGAUAAUGCAGUCAAUUUAUUAAAAGAAGAAAUCAGACAAUGUGAUGAAACUUUUUAUAAUUUGAAAAAAUCAAUCGGCGGAAGAAAAUUACAACAAGUUAUGACUUAUCUUGAUAAAUUAGAAUCAAAUAGAACUGAUACAAAUGAUGCUUUGGGAUUUCUGAAUGAAUUAAUUGAUCGAGGUAAAGAAGGUAUUUUCUUAAAAGAUAGAUUAUCUUUACUUAAGAUGAGAUAUCAAUUCAUUAAAAAUUCUAAAAAAUGUAAAAACAAAGAAAACAAAUAUCAAUGUCCUGAAAUCUUUUUGGAUGCAGUGGCUUCAAAAUUGACUUCAACUUCAAUUUUAUUCUUGAAUGUUGAAUUAUUAAGUGAUUUCUAUUAUAACUUCCCAAGAGAGUUAGAUCAAAGAUUUUUCAAUAACCUAACUAAUGAAGAAAUUGAAUUAUUUGCCAAAGAAGAUCCGAAAAUUAAAAAACAUAUCGAAUUACAAGAAAGAAAAGAUUUAUUAGAAACUGCCUUAAAUAAAAUGGAAAGUAUAUUGGCCAUACAAAGAACUAAAUAAUUUUCUUAAUUUUCUGUACAUAGAAGCUUGUCGUUUUUUUUUUUUUUUUAUAUAUAUAUAUUCGUCUCUUGACUAAUUAACGAUUUUAACUAUACGAUCAAACAAUGUAUCUAUUUGUAUAC